AUUAAGCCAAUCGGUUUAGACAGUGGGUGGGCUGUCCAGGUGGUUCUUCCCUCUUGGUGCCUGCAAUAAAUGGGACUCUGAGCCUCGUCUCUUCUCGGUGCAGCGCAGUGAGUGAGCUGGUGCACUCUUUCAGUUUGUUGUGUGGAACUCCGUCCUCUCCACCAUCAUGUCGGUGACUUCUCGAACUCAGUCCACCUUUAGUAGCGCCGGGGGCAGUAUGCGCCGCUCAAGACCGACGCAGUCUUCGAUGAGCAUGUAUCAGUUUUCAUCCAGACCGUCCAUCUCCACCUCGGCCAUCAGCGUGGCCGGAGGAGGUUUGUCGGCUUAUGGGAGAGGGUUCGGUGGAGGGCUCUCUUCGAGCAGCGCUACGUUGCUGGGCUCCGGCGCCCUGAUGGUUGAUGAGAAAAACACGCUGCAGAAUCUGAACGAGCGCCUGGCCACUUUCCUGAGCCGGGUCAAGUCACUGGAGGAUUCCAACAAGGACCUGGAGAAGCAGAUCCGAGAUUUCGGCACCAGAAGCAUCGAGGGCUUUGACUGGUCUAUCUACGAGCAGACCGUCAAACCCAUUCAGCAGCAGAUUCUUGAGGCCACAAUGCAGAAUUCCCGCAUUGCACUGGAGAUCGAUAACGCUAAACUGGCAGCUGAAGACUUCAAGAACAAGUGGGAUUCGGAGCUGAUGCUGAGACAGUCUGUGGAGAAUGAUAUUGAUGGACUGCACCAACUGAAGGACACUUACCUGCAGCUACAGUCUAGUCUGGUUGAUGAGAUUGCUGGUCUGGAGGACGAGAUCGCCUUCAUGAAGAAGGAUCAUGAGGAGCAACUGAGGCUCCUGCGCCAGCAGAAGACUGCAGAUAUCGAUGUCGACGUCGACUCUGCUCCUUCCAUUGACCUGGCUGCGAAACUACAGGAAAUGCGCGAAAGUUACGCCAAGCUUGCAGACCAGAAUAAAAAGGAUUUGGACACUUGGUACCAGGAGCAGGUACAGAUUCAAGUUACACAGACCACAGAGGCUAACCAGGCUUGUCGUGGAGUGAAGGCAGAGCUUGCUGAACACCGUAAUCAGUUACAGAUCCUGGAAACUGAGCAUAGCUCCUUGCUCGGCUCUCUGAAGGGCCUGGAGAACAACCUAAUGAAUACUGAGGCCAGAUACGACAUGGAGCUUCAGGGACUACAGUCUAAAAUCGCACAACUAGAGGGAGAGCUGGGACUAAUCAGAAACAACAUCCUUCAGCAGACACAGGAAUACGAGAAGCUGCUUAACAUCAAGAUGAAUCUAGAGAAGGAGAUUGGGCAGUACAGGAUUCUGCUGAACGGAGGCAAUGAAAGCCUGGGGGACGCUGGAAUGUCUUUCUCAUCAUCAGGCGGGAAGAGCACCGGAGGUACCACUACGAUUAUCACCACCACCAAGACGGAAAGAGAAAAGUAUUGAACUCUGUGUGGCAUCUCCCUGAAAGCCCAACACAACUCUUAUCAGCUCGCAUGGUUUCUGCUGGAGUCUUGGGGAUGUGGGCUAUUUGAUUGCGACGUUCCUCCCUCAUGGAUUCCUGCCUUCACAUUUAUCCUCCUGAUGCUCUCAUUAUUAACGGAAUUUGCAGCAAUGCCCAUGCCCCUUUGCAGAAUUGCCCCACUUUCUAACCAAACACUGGGACGUCCCAUGGAGCUUGGAGCCAAUAUCCAUCAGCCUCUGUCAUUUCCUUUAACAUUUUGAGAUGGGCCCACACCUUCCAUGUUUAAGGUGCGACCAUUCAACACCAGCAGAUGAGCUGCUGUCCCCUCUCUGGGUCCCACCUGUCCUGGUGAGCAGCUUCACAUCCUUGGGAAUGGCUCCAGCUUUGUGUCAGCUCCUGCUCUGAAGUUCCGUGUCUGUAUUCACAUGUUUACUUUCUGUUUAAAGCUGAGAAAUAAAUGUCUUUCUGAUCUCACCACAAA